AUGCAUAUAGCAAUAAAUCAGAAUGUAACUGCAAAAUCUAUUAUCGCGGGUUAUUCGCCUGGAAUAUGUGGCAUGCCAGUCAUUAAUGAAACAAAUUGUUUAAAUGAUGAACUUCUUCAGAAUGUUUUCUUGUCGAAUUCUAUCGAAUGUGCACGUACAUGUAGAACAGGAGAUUCAAAAACAUGUUAUUAUAAAUUUGUGAUUGAACGUUAUCCUGUUAAUGGCUACGCAUGCAAUCUAUGCAUACCGAACAUUACAAAUAGCUUAUGCGCCGAUUGCCAAUGCGUUCCUGGAGAUGGAACACAACGAAUGGCUUUAACUGUCAAUAGAAUGAUACCAGGUCCAAGUAUACAAGUUUGUCAAGGAGAUUAUGUUGUUGUUGAUGUUGUUAAUCUCUUAGCCUCAGAUUCAGUGACUAUUCAUUGGCAUGGUAUUUUCCAACAAGGUUCUCCUCAUUAUGAUGGUGUUCCACACUUGACACAAUGUCCGAUUUUGAUGCACGAUACGUUUAGGUAUCAAUUUUUUGCUAAUAACUAUGGUACUCAUAUGUGGCAUGCUCAUACUGCAGCACAGAAAUUAGAUGGUAUAUUUGGUAGUUUCAUUGUUCGAGAAUCAAUCGAAAAUGAACUUUAUUCGAAUCUUUAUGACUUCGAUUUAGCAAAUCAUAUAAUUAUUGCUAAUGACUGGUUCAAGGAAGAGUCUACAGCUCGAUUUCCAGGUCGUAGAGCUGGUGCGGUUCGACAAAUUGCUGAUUCAUUCUUAAUCAAUGGAAAAGGAAGAUUCAUAGAUUCCAGUGGCGUUACAACAGAUAUUCCUUUUGAAAUGAUUACUGUAGAUGCUAAUCAACGUUACCGUUUCCGUUUCAUAAAUUCUUUUUGUACUUCUUGUGCUGCAGAGUUAAUCGUCGAAAAUCAUAAUCUUACCGUUAUUGCUUCUGAUGGUCAAUUUUUAAAACCUGAAGUAGUUGAUUCUAUAGUUUCUCUUGCUGGGGAACGAUACGAUUUUAUCAUUAAUACCGAUCGAGAACCUGGUGCAUAUUGGAUACAACUUCGUGGAUUAGAUGAAUGUAUUCAUAAUCGUGUGCAACAAUUAGCCAUUUUACAAUAUGAAGGAGCGUCAACUACAUUAUACACAGAUGAACCUACUCAUGAUAAUCCUCUUACUUCUGGAAUUGUAUUGGAUAUGGCAGCCAACAAUUGCAAUGUUUCAUUUCCAGAUCAAAUUUGUGGCAAUAAAUUAAAUCAUGCCUUGCCAAUUGAUUCAGAUAUUUUAAAGAAAAAACCUGAUGUGAAACUAUUUUUAACCAUAGGUUCAUAUAAUUAUAAACCAAAAGAACUUUUCACACCGAACACGUACAAGAAUUUUAUUGUUCCAUCACCAAAUAUUACAUCAAUUACUAUGUUGAACAAUAUAAUUUCAAUUUCUCCAUCUUCUCCACCACUUUCUCAAUUGCAAAAUAUUUCACCGGAUAUAAUUUGUAACGCUGAGAAUUUACCAUCUAACUGCAAUCCCAAAGCUCCGUGCAGUUGUAUUCACUUGAUUAAAAUCCCAUUAAAUUCUAUUGUGGAAAUUAUUAUGAUUGAUGGAUCAAAAGAUACCCUUCCAAUACCAAAUAAUGGAUACGCUAUACUUAGAUUCCGCGCGAACAAUCCAGGUUAUUGGUUGUUUCACUGUCAUCAAAUCUUCCAUGCUCUAACUGGUAUGGAAGUCACUUUACAAGUCGGAGAACCAUCUGACAUUCCAGAAACUCCGAAAAAUUUUCCAAGAUGCGGAAAUUUUAAACCGGCAAUAGAAUUUUAAGAUAGAAAUACUUUAAAAAUAUUUAUUAAAA